AUUGUUAAUUACUACCAGUCUGUUGGCUCGUUUGUUCAUUUAUGCACGCAGAUGACUGUUCUAACUCUGUAUAUCUUCUUGUACGGAAGGUUUUAUCUGGCACUCUCUGGACUUGACUAUUCAAUAUCUCAGCAAGCUAGGUUUUUGGGGAACGCUGCACUUGAUGCUGCUUUAAAUGCUCAGUUUUUGGUCCAGAUUGGUAUUUUUACAGCAAUACCAAUGAUAAUGGAAUUUAUAUUGGAGCUGGGGCUGAUGAAGGCUGUUUUCAGUUUUACUACAAUGCAGCUCCAGUUUUGCUCAGUCUUUUUCAUAUUUUCUCUUGGAACAAAAACACAUUACUUCAGUAGAACAAUCCUCCAUGGUGGUGCAAAGUAUCAUGCUACUGGAAGAGGAUUUGUUGUUCGCCACAUAAAGUUCGCUGAAAAUUAUAGGCUCUUUUCUCGAAGCCACUUUGUUAAAGUGCUUGAGGUUGCUCUCCUCCUCAACGUUUACAUUGCGUAUGGCUACACGAAGGGUGGCUCAUCUUCAUUUAUUCUUAUCAGUAGCUGGUUCCUUGCUAUUUCUUGGCUUUUCGCACCCUACAUAUUCAACCCCUCUGGUUUUGAGUGGCAAAAGACUGUGGAGGACUUUGAUGACUGGAAAACCUGGUUACUUUAUAAAGGUGGAGCUGGGGUAAAGGGUUACAAUAGUUGGGAAUCUUGGUGGGAUGAGGAGCAGGAUCAUAUCCGGACAUUCCGAGGACGUAUCCUGGAGACAAUCCUUACCCUUAGAUUUCUCAUUUUUCAGUAUGGCAUUAUGUACAAGCUUAAGAUUACAGUCCAUAAUACAUCCCUUGCGGUCUACGGUUUCUCAUGGCUUGUUCUCCUUGUUAUGGUUCUCCUUUUCCAGCUUUUUACCGCAACUCCGAAGAAGGAAACUAACUUGUCGCGUUUUGUUCGGUUUCUGCAUGGCCUCCUUGCUAUUGGGAUUAUUGCAGGAAUUACCUUACUUAUUGUAUUCACACGGUUCACUAUUGUGGAUUUAUUUGCAUGUGCACUUGCUUUUAUAGCAACUGGUUGGUUUGUUUUAUGUCUGGCCAUCACAUGGAAGAGGGUAACGAAAACCCUUGGGCUAUGGGAUUCAGUCCGGGAGAUGGCGCGGAUGUACGACGCGGUAAUGGGCGCCAUCAUCUUUGUGCCCAUCGUUCUCCUCUCAUGGUUCCCCUUUGCGUCGACGUUCCAGUCACGCAUCCUGUUCAACCAAGCCUUCAGCCGUGGCCUGGAGAUCUCCCGCAUCCUGGCAGGAAACAAAGCAAAUCAGAAGGCAUGA